GUGGACAGAAAUUAAGUCCAGGAUUAGGCAAUAUGGUUGGGAGGGAGUCGUGGAGAAGUCCGUCCCCUCUGUCCUUUGCUAUUGUUCUUCCGUCCCACACCUUCCUUCACUCCACACCUCUCUUGUGUCCUACGGCCACCUAAUUUUCCUCUAUUUUUAGAGCUUAAACUCGUUUGUAAGAGAGAGGCAAGUGAUGGUUAAGUGCCUUCUCUUUUAUUAGCAACGCUAUUUGAUUUGACUCUGUAUAAAUAUAUACAGAGACUGCAGGGUUGCUCUCCAUCCACAAGACCUCAACGUUUUUCUUGUAUGCUUACCACUCUAGUGCUCACACCACCUUCUUUUCUUUUUCACUCACUUAAUUCCUCUCUUUUUCUUUCUAGCUACCUCUCUCUGUAAUUUCUACACCGCCGCAGAUCGCUUCUCAUGGAAUUAGCGGCAGAAGAAGGCAAUAGCAGCGCCAGCGUCUCUGACGUUGAGUUCGUCCACGCCGUCGUCAAGCGACGGCGCACCAAGCGCCGGCGCACGCAGCCCUCGCCUCCGUUGCCGUUGAUCGCUGACUCCUCCUCUGCCUCCUCGGCGGAGACUGUAUCCGGUACGGUUACAGAGGAGGAAGAGGACAUGGCCAAUUGUCUCAUCCUUCUCGCUCAAGGCCGAGCUUUUUCCGAGCCGGUGGGGCGGAGGGAGGAUAAGUUCACCGGCGGGAGGCUCGCCGGCGCGGGAAAGGCCGCCGGCGGAAUUGUGUACGAGUGCAAGACUUGCAACAAGUGCUUUCCCUCCUUCCAGGCUCUCGGCGGGCACCGCACCAGCCACAAGAAGCCGAAAUUGGCAGCGACCGUGGCGACGGCCGAGGAGAAUAAGAGGAAUUCGCCGGUCGUCGCUGCCGGGAACGACAAUUUGCUGCAGAUAGGCCUGAAUUCUUCCUUCUCCGCGAAGCCGAAGGUGCACGAGUGCGCGAUAUGCGGGUCGGAGUUCAGCUCCGGGCAGGCGCUGGGAGGCCACAUGCGGCGCCACCGGCAGCUGAUUGCCGCAGAUGCCCACGUCGACGCCGCCAAGAAGGAGAAGAGCAGUUUCGUCUCUUUUGACCUCAAUCUCCCUGCUCCGGCCGACGUCGGCGAGCCCCGGAGUCCGCCUUCGUCAUCUGCGUUCAUAUCGGCCGGCAACCGGCCGCUAAUGUUCUCCGGUCCUGCCUCAUCUCUGGCGGUGAACUGCCAUUACUGAGAAGAAGGGAAGACCCGCUUCAUUAACGAAAUAAUGGAAGCAAAGCUGCCUCUUAAUUACCACAUUCAUUCUUUUUCAUUCACUCAAUUUGGGGAUACAAAUUUGCUGUUUAUGUGAAUUAACUCAUUCAA